CGGUCACGUGGUGCUGGGUGUCGGACACCGGUCGAUACAUCUUGUUCCUUCCUUCCAGACCAGUCAGCAAUACUCAGCUUCAACACGAGCCAUCUGUCGGUUGUGUGGACCGCAUUUUCUCAGCAGCGCUCGACGAAAUCAUGGACAGUAGAGGCUACGGUUCUGGUUACUCCAGUUGGGGAGGUGGAGGUUCAGGCAGCAGAGGAUCUGGUGGUUUUGACCUGUAUGGGGGAGGUUAUAAGGACUCGAUGUCUGGGCUUGAUGGCUAUGGAGGAGGAGGAGGUCACAUGAGGAGAGGGCUCUCAGGAGGAUCUCUGCUCUCAUCCACGGGCACACAUGCCGAUGCAGUGAUCGCCAAGAUUAACCAGCGCUUGGACAUGCUCACUCAGUUGGAGGGAGGGUUGAAAGGGUCUCGAGGUGACAGGUUUGACCAGUAUGAGUCAUUCGACUCGCGCUCCUCCGCUCUCACCUCCUCCCGAGAUCUCUACAGAUCUGGCGGCAGUAGCUAUGGUUUUGGCGAUGGCCGUGGGGACACCAUGCUGUUGGGUCAGCGAGGAGGCUCAGGCUUCGGAGGGGGAAUUGGGCUAGGGGGAGGAGGAGGCUUUGACAGCCCCUCCUCUUCCUAUGGAGUCGCUAAAAUGCGACAGAGUAUGAGGGAGUCCUUCACCGGUGGCCAUGGAGGAGGUUCUGGAGGUGGAGGAUGGGCUGGAGCUGGCCGACGUUCCCCCAGAAGGGGUGGAAGUGCCGGGGGUCGAGGAACUGGAGGAGGGUUUGGAAGCCGCAGGUCUGAUCCCACUCCAUUAGGCGGAGGUUUGCGUGGAAGUGGUAGUGGUGGCCAGUCCCACCGCGGCCACUCUCCAGGAGGUGGUAGAGGCAAGCUCCCAUCCCUCCUGUCCAACCGCAUGUACCCUGAGACUGGGGGCUUCCAGGGUUCUGCUCCAGGGCCUCACGACUUUCCUGGGAGGCAUUUUGGAGGGGGCCCACGGGCUGGCCGCCAGCGAGGCCGCAAGAGACCCCUGAACAAACAGAUGAAGCCAAUGCGUGAUGUUCAGAAGAAGAGAAAGCAGACUCUCAGCGGAACAGAUGAGCCAGAGUCAAAGAUGAACAAGACAGAGAGUGCAGGGUCAGAGACUACACAAGAGCAACCAGAGAAAAAUGGUGAUGACAGUAAACCACAGACUGACGCUGCGGAGACCAAACCUACUGAAGAUGGAGAUAAGACCUCACCCAAACAGGAGGAUAAGAAAAAGCCACAGGGCAAGCAGACCCCAGUCCAAGGUCAGGACAAGCACCCAAAAAUGAGGAAGAGAAGGGGAUUCCUGGAAAGGGUUAUGUUUGCAUGUUCUGUGUGUAAGUUCCGUUCGUUCUACAAGGAAGAAAUGGAAACUCAUCUUGAAAGUCGCUUCCACAAGGACCACUUUAAGUUCCUCUCCAGCCAGUUGUCCAAGCCCACCACGGACUUCUUACAGGAGUACCUGCAAAACAAGUUUAAGAAAACAGAACAGAGGGUCAGUCAGUUGGAAAACCACAGCGCAGCCAUCUGCCAGGUGUACAAAGAGCAAGAUCUUACCAGGGAACUUGGUAUGGAGCAUUUCAUGAAGAAGGUGGAAGCUGCUCACUGUGCAGCUUGUGACCUUUUCAUUCCCAUGCAGCCCCACCUGAUACAGAAACACAUCAAGUCUCCUGACCAUAACUACAACCGCAAGGGUAUGAUGGAGCAGUCCAAGCGGGCCAGUCUGUCAGUUGCUCGCAGCAUCCUAAACCACAAACUCAUUGGCAAGAAGCUGGAGAGCUACCUCAAGGGUGAAAACCCAUUCACUGGUAACCAGGACGAUCAGGAUCCAGAGGACUCCAUGGUGAUGGACGUGUCGGAGAUGGAGUUAACUGGUGAGGCAGCAGACGGCCAGACAGAGGCGGCGCCAGUCAAGGAUGAGCCUCAGUCUGAGGGAGACCAGGGCAAAGAGGUGGUCGAGGGGGAGGAGGCCACAACAGCAGCAGACGAAGAAGUAGCACAAAUAGAAGAGGAAAAGAUGGAGGAGGAGCUGGGGAACCAGGAAGAGGAGGAAGGUUUUGAGGUUGGGGAGGAAGAGGAGGAAGACGAGGGAUACGUGGUGCACGAUGAGAUUGAUGAAGAGGGAUUACCAGUGGACCCCGAAGUGGAGGAUCAAGAUGUAGGAGUAGAGGGAGCAGAGGUAGAGGAGGAAGACGACAAAAAUCAGGAAUGACUUUGACAGUCAGUGUGUGAAUUCUUGACCUGAACGUCUGCCUGGACCAGUCGAUGACCCCCUCAGUACCAUUAAAACCAGUGUAAUUGACAGGCAUAAUGAGGACUAUUCACACUUGCUCCCAUCGUUUUUCACUGAGCUUAUGUAUGUUAAUUCUUUUUUUUUGUUAAAGGAAUAGUUCCAUAUUUUAGAUACUACUGUUAUUCACUUUCUUGCUGAGAUGGAGAAGUUGAGAAAAUAAAUAGUAACUCUUGUCUUAUGUAUGCCUACCAAGUCUCCUCAGAUGUUGGCAGAGAUGAGACGUUGACUUGUUUUUGGACUUUUGAGAGGGCCUGGCCUGUGGUCCUCUUUAACAGUCUUAAUGUUAAAGCAAUCACCUUCCUGCAUUCGCUCCAUACUUACUGCAGCCGUGAGCGGUAUUGAUCUUUACAUUUAAAACCUGGGAAGAAAGCAAAUAGCCGUAUUUUUGAAAGUGUCAGUCUAUUCCUCUUAAUAUUUUUUCUUGUGCCUUUUGUUUAAAUUGUUCUUAACUUAGAUUAAGUUGUUUAGAAUUGGUUCAAAGGUCGUGAGUAUUGUAAUGUGGAGACAUGUUGUGUAAGUUUUUUUUCUUUGGAGUUUAUGCAAAGUUUUUAGCAUUCAGUCUGUUGCCAGUAUUGACAAUGCUAAAUGGAUGAUUUUUAAACUGUUUGGUAAACACUAUAACAGGGUGGACUUCUGCUCCACACACAGGUUAAAUGAAGGCCUGUCUGUAGAAUGAGCAUGGGAUAUCCUAAAUGUCACAUUCAGAAUGGGUAUCAAUCAUGUAAUAUUUUUUUUUGCUUCAUUUUGAGCAAGAAAUAAACUUGGUGAAUAAACCACUA